AUGCCAAGUGCCGAAACGACUGGCAACCGAAAGUCGGAAGAAUCAGUCUGGGCACGCGAGCUUAGAGAGACCUACUUCAGUGCCCUAAGGGCAAAAGGUGUAGCGAUAAAAAACGCAGGUUGUCCUGCAAGUAAUCAUAAAGUUAACCAGCAGAAGAAUGACAAAAUGAAGAACCCAAUCAGUGCGACGGACAUCCAGGUGGGGGAUAACACCCCGCCAGAAGAAGACAAUCAAAAUAGCCUACAUGAAAAGAAGAAAAUUUUCUUCGAAGUUUACAAAAAGUACUACUUCAUCGAAAUGACGGAGUAUCACAAAAGCAGGGAAAACUGCACCAACAACUUUAUUAACUUCCUCGAAAGGAUAAGUGAAAAAAUGGCAGAGGCACUAAAGCAUGGCUCCUACAAUAUUAAUAAUUUGAAUAGGUUCUUCAAGGAGUUUAUCAAAAAUGAUACCACCUAUUAUAAUAAAAGCGCUUCAGUGGGGGGUAAUGCGCGGGUGAAUAAUUUAACCCAAAGUUUUUUAAACAUUCAAAAUGAGGAGUUGGCCAACGGGGAGUCAGCAAAUGUUGUUCACGUCCAGGGGGAGAAUCCACUCAACAGUCAAGUGAAUGGCACUGUAGAUGAUUUGAAGAAGAAAAAGGAAAGCACAGCUUCUACCAUUCUGAAUGAGGGGAAGACAAAGGGGAAAAAGAACAACAAAAUGGACUACUCAGAGGAAAAAAAGAAGAAGGGGUCCAAAAAAGAAGAACAAGGAAAUGUAGAUAACACCCAGGAAGAGCAUGCCCCAGAGACACCCUUCCUAAAAAAGAACAACGGGAAGAGUGCCUCUAACAAAAUAAACGAAAUUGCCGAUAAUGUCAUCGAUGUUAAUACAGACAUGUGCAACCUUAAUCAGAGCAUCAUAGACGAUUGGGUACAGUACGGAUUCAUGAAUUACAGAAAAAUUAUGAACAGCAUGAAAAUAAGUUGCGAUGUGAUAGACAGCAAAAUAAAUCAAAAAAUGUUAAUCAUCCUAAAGGAUAGCUACCUGAAGGAGCAGGAAAUUUUAAUAGACGCAAUGAAGAAAAAAAAAAAUGACUUCCUAAAACAAGUGGAGUUAUGUAAAAUUUAUUGGAAAUAUUUCGAAAAUAGCUAUUCAAAUUCGGAGAAAAUAAGAUCAGAUGGAGUUAAGGAUAGUAAGAAGAUAAAGUGCUCAUGGCUAUGUCAAAGGAAAUACAUAAAAAAUGUCAAGGAUUUACUAAAAAUACAAAAUGAAUAUUUGGACAUUAUUAACGCCAGCGUGAAAACCUUCUUCCAGUUGAUCGAAUGGAAGAAGAACACAAUUAGAGACAUCCUUUGCUCAUACAUUCUUCUCUAUAAAAGUUUUUUAAAUUUUUACUUAAAUAAUAUGAAUAUACUAUAUGAUUCUAUUUUGCUGGAAAAGAACAUAGAUGCAGUUCAGUUCCAGAAUCUAUCCUCCGUAGCCAUGAUUGAUGAUCAGGAUUUAAUAAAAGAGGUUACUCCUUUUCAGCUUAUCGACAAUUGUGAUUCCAUUCCUCAGUUAAACAAGGCACUAAGCUUAAUAAAAUCUUCUAUCAUUUUUUAUAAUCAACAAAUUAACGUCAAAUCGAUACUCUGUAUUUUCAGUUCUAGGAUCAAGGGAUACCUUACCAGUGUGGGAUUCUUCAACAAGUGCGUGGAGGGUAUAAUUGUGAUCACGUGGGAUAAGUUUAUUCACUUUUUUGCCGACGUGGAGGAUGGUUCUCCGCAAUGGUCCUACUAUAUGGAAGACAUCGAAUUUAAGCUAGUCAAAUGUAAGACGGAAACUAAAGGGAACGCACUAGACACCGAUAAGAGGGAAUCCGACGGGGUUACUGAUGCGGCCGAGGGAGGCGCUACAGCUGAUGUGGGGACCACCACCCCGAGUAAUCAACAAGAAAGUAACAAUUCGAACCAAUCAAAAGGCAAGAAGGGGAAAGAAAAAUCCAGCGGAAAGGACACGUCGUCUGUGUUCCCCGGAGCAGACGCACCGGAAGCAGCUUACUCCCCCCAAAAUGGAAAUCCUGACAUAGGUAUGAACACCCCGAAGAGGGAAUUUUCGGACAACUCUUCCACCACCCCAUCCACCAUUAAUGAAGAAAAUGAUGUAGAAAUUCAAAUGAAAGAAAAAAAAAAAACGCUCCUCAUCAGUGGAUGGUCCUUUACCUUCAAAUGUCCAACCAUGUAUUUAACAAAUGUCUGUUACGAAUUGCUAAAUAAUCACCUGUGCUCCCAAUAUUUUGAAGACGAAAAUUCCUUUGCGAAAUUCUCCAACAUUAUUUCCAAUGGGGAGGUAAAAAAUGAUCUCCAAUUUAUCGAUGAAAUGGCCUCCUUUUACAAUGCCUACAUGGAAGGAAUGCCUGAUGAGACAAAAGAUAAGGUUAUCCCGAAAAACAAACUUGUGAAAAGGAAGAACGAAAAUUUCGCGAGGGAGCGCAUGUCGGUGUCGGAUCGGGAUGACCUGGUUGAUUCCUGCAAAGGGAGAUCACCAAGCAAGGUCAACAACAUGGAUGAUCAAAACGAAAUCAAAAAUUCUCACCCGGAAAAUUUGCUCUACGCAUUUCACAAGAAGAAAAAUGAACUAUUGAAAAAUGUUAAAAUGGGUGAGCAGGAAAAUGGGACUACAGGAGAGCGGCACGCAGAAGACGUGGACCACCAUAGUGACUCAGAAACGGAGAAGAAUAAGAAGAAAAUUUUGGACAGCAAGAAAAAAAGCCACAGAAGAUCUACAAGUUCAGCGAAGGAGAAGGCACAAAAUAAGUGA